AUGCCCCUUACUAAGACACUCACAGAUGAAUCUGAGACCGAAUACGAAGAUGAUAUUGACCGUAUUACCAAACGUAGAAGGGUAGCUGCAACCAGGGGCUCAAAGGAUAAUAAAAAUUCAUGGAAAAAUGUGAUACAGCCUGAAGAAACCAUAGAAAGCAUUCUCGCUGGGAAUAAAAACAAAAACCCACCCAUGACGACUAACAACCCCAAAAAUAAAACAUCUACGCCACCAAUAGUCAUUGACGGAAAAACAGCAAAUCAAUCGUCGCUCCUAAAUGACAUUAAGGAAAUUGUGAAGGGAAAAUUUAGCAUCAAACAUACCAAUAACUCGACAAUACUAUUUGUGGAUGAUAGAGAGGACCACAUGAAAAUGGUGGAAAAUAUUAAGGCUGACAAGCUUCCCUUCCACACUUAUGCCACCAAAGACGACAAAACGGACGAGUUUGUUCUCCGCGGUCUGGCAGACGGUACAAAAAUUGCCGAUAUUGAAGAAGACCUGCAAGAAGAAUACAAAAUAAAAAUUAAGGAAAUCUACCGCAUGAAUACUAAAAACCAACCCUUAUUCUUAGUUGUCACAGACCCUUCUAUGACACUGGAUUAUUUAAACAAGAAUAUUCAAAGAGUCCUCUAUACCAGAGUUACCUAG